AUGGAGGAGAAAGAAGCCAAGAUGCGUGUUUCCCUCAAAGACGAUGGCAGGUUCGAGGAACGCAAAUUUGCGCCUGCCGUUGAGAAACUGAACAAUGCCAGCUGCGCCUCUGUCGCCACCCAGACAAAAGAUGUCAGUGCCCGGAACCCUCCAUCGGCACGCUCUGCACCGCCACGCUCUGCGCCACCACCGGCAACCGAUCUUGUGAACACAGAGGCAGCAGCUCUCAACUUGGACGUGAACUCGUUCGUGCGCUACCCGCUCAUCGUCAUGAACUGUGUUCUCUGGGUCCUCGGCCUCGUCCUCUUUGUCGGCGGCCUGUACGCCUACAUUGGCACUACUACGCGUCCCAGCGUUACCGAGCCCUCCGAGACUGUUUUCAGUAUUUACAGUCAGCUGGUGGUGCAUGUGGAGCUGACGGUGAUGCUGGGGGGUACACUGCUGGUGCUGCUGUCCUUCUGCGGCUGCAUUGGGGCACUGCGCGAGAACACCUGCCUGCUGAACGCCUACUCGUCGCUCAUCACUGCUCUGCUACUGCUCAACCUCAUCGUGGGCCUGCUGGUGUUCUCGCUGCCCUCACAGCUGAAGCGCAUGGUGCGCAACACGCUGAGCACGCGCCUUGUCUUGCACUACCGGGACAGCCCUGACUUGCAGCACCUCAUAGAUUCCGUACAGCAGGAUCUGCGGUGCUGUGGGCUGUCACAGAGGAGUUUCCGGGACUGGAACAGCAACAUGUACUUCAACUGCUCGCGAACCAAUCCCAGCAGCGAGCGCUGCUCGGUCCCUUACUCCUGCUGCAGGCGAAACAGCACUGAAGAGGUGGUGAACCUGAGCUGCGGUCAGGGAGUGUUGAACAAGACCGACUAUGACGCUUGGUUCACUGUGUACACUAGCAACUGCGUCGACGCAGCGCAUCGAUUCAUGCGCGAAAACGUCACCAUCAUUACGGGAGCUUGCCUCGUCUUUGUGAUCCUGCUCGCCUUCGUGCAAAUGGUCACGCAGGCACUGGUCGAUGAAAUAUUCAUCAUUCGGCGAAUUUAUGAGAGGGUGUAUGACCGCCUUUACGACAUGCACGCCAGCGCAGAAAACACGGAACGCGUUGAAUAAACAUUCCUACCAUUGUGUGGAUGAAAUUGUCAUU